GCUUGGGUAAUAUGUUUGUGCGCGAGGAGAACGGAAGUGGCGGAGAAGAGGGCCGAGAAGAGCCGGCGAAAAAACCGACGCGCGUCACGAUGGUUUAUUAUCUUGUGGCGGCGUACGCUUCCAGCCUAGGAGGCGUAGGCACGUUAGUCGGGACAGGCACCAAUUUAACGUUGAAAGGUUUCUUCGAAAAGCGGUUCCCAAACAGUCCGGGCAUCAGCCUGACUUCGUGGAUGCUCUACUCGGUCCCGCCAAUGCUGUUGAUGGGUUUUCUUACGUGGAUGUGGCUUCAAAUAAUGUACAUGGGAAUGUUCAGGCCGAGAAGCAAAGACGCGCGCGCCAUUGAUAUUGGCGCGCAAGGUGAGAAGGUCGCCGCGGCCGUUAUCCAGAAAAGGUACAAGGAACUCGGCCCGAUUACGUGGCACGAAUCCUCCGUCGGUGUCCUCUUCGUUGCGGUCGUUCUACUUUGGUUCUUCAGGAGUCCCGGAUUCGUGCGCGGUUGGCCAACUUAUAUCACCGAUUUGUAUGUAUCGCGACUGAUUUUCCCGUGCAGAUGUAGGUCGAGUCGAUCACUUUUGCACCUCGAUGCCAGUGAUUUUUAUGACGUUAAGGGUGUAUUAUCGACUAGAAGUUUGUUUUUUCAGUAAUUUUUAGGAAUUAAUUUUGCGAAAACUAUCAAACCUACAGCAACAGGGUUUUUUAUGCAUAAUAAAACACGUUUCAAGUAACAACACAAAUUUUUAUGAAAUACUUGAUUGAAAUCUAUACAAGUUAUGCGCUGUUAUGCAGGUUGUGGCGUAAUUAAGACGCUCGUUCAAUCGGGCGUACAGGCUGUUCUAGUUGUCUGAGACAGAAAAACAAAUUUUUGUUUUCAAUCUACAUGAAUAUAGUUAUCGUCUGAACUAGAAUUAAGUAAAUACUAAAUUUUUUAUCAGAAUCGCAGCUGUUUGAAAAUUAAGGUUUAAUUUUCCCGGAAAAUUGUCAAUUAAAAUAUGAGAGCAGGGCUAAAAUAUUCAAGCUAUCGGUAUAAUUCUAGUUCAGACCAUAGGCGAUGGUGCCCUCGAAAUGUGUGUAAAACCAGAAGUUAGUCGGUCCAAUAGUUUUUGAGAAAAACGUGCGCCCGACUUGAAAAAUGUCGUUUCGAGAAAAACGCGUUUAAAGUUUGCUAUACAUUUAGCACUAAUACUGGUGAACAACCUUUAAGCCUCUGUAACUAUGAAAGCUCUACGAAUUUCAAAUUAAUAUUUUAGAGGCACUUUCUCAAAACCCCAAAUGAUAAGAAAAUGCAAAAGAAAAAAAAUCGAAUUUUUGAAGUUUCUAGACGAUAAUACCCCCUUAAUAAAUUCACGGUUGCUCUUAAUACUCUACCGAUACUGUUUAGACUCCGCGUAGAAAUAUAGGGUGGGAGCAAUAACUUUGUCCACUUUGAAUAUCUCCGUUAUUUAUAGUCCUAUGAAAAAACUUGUCAGAACAAACCUGCACUGUUUUGAGGAGCACUUACAAUGGUAGAAGAUAAUUUUUUCCAAGUUCAUUUAUUUAUGAAUUUUCAAGGUCAUCAAUGUUUUUAAAUGGAAUGCUAAAUGGAAUUUUUAAAAUCUUUAUCUAAUAAAUGCUGUUGAGACAACUUUAGAAUUAUUUUGUACCCAUUUUAAACGCUCCUUAAAACAGUGCAACGUUGUCUGACAAUUUUUUUCAUUGGAACAUAAUAAAAAUAUCCAAGGUUGACAAAGUAAUUUCCCCACUCUGUAUAUGGGCUUUUCAAUUAGACCUUGUGAUCGUUUACGACAACGUCAUUUAAAUGUUCGCUCUCUGAAUCACUAUUUUCCAAUGACAAUACAUAACAUUGCUUUUGAAUAGUUACGUCACGACCAUCACUUUCGUCACCGCUAUCAUGCGUUGAAUUCUUGGCAGAACAUUCUACAGAUCAUCUACAUAGAAUUCUCCACUAAUUCUUUUUUCAUUAAUUGUAAACGACAUUUUUUUUCAAAUUAUGUAGGAAUGUGGGAGCGUACUAGUAAUAGGUAACACAAUAUUGGCUACCACGGCGAAAAGUCGAUUAAGAGAUUUCUGCUUUGUCGAUUCAGAGAAUGAAUCAUUUUUGCGAUUACUUUCCUCCUAAAAUUGAGCCCAAAGAGUUUUAAUUUAUUAUGUUUUUUUCGUUGAUUUAUCUACAAUACAUAUGAAGUUUUGUAAUUAAAAAACAUAGAAAAUUUGUAAUUUAAAAGCUGUUGUUUGUAAAGUUGUAAAAGACACAAAGGUGCUCAGUGUUGAAAAGAAUGGCGUUGGGGAUCAUCAGAAACACAAAAUGUAAAAAGUAUCUUAUUUCAUAUGAAUGUGUCUGUGGUCGGUACUAGAAUUGUUACAAAAAUAUAAAAGAUUUUUUAAAAUACGGCCUUUAUAAGAAAAAUUCUCACAUUCAGCCUAAAUCUUGAUGAAACUUUCGUUGUUAUAGAAAAAACAAUAAUAGAUAAGGCAAUAAUUCUAAUACCGACCAUAGAAAGAUGUCUUCGGAACAUAAUCAUCAAAUUUGGUGCAGACUGCUUAAUUAUUUCCAGAGAUUUCUUCGACACAGACUCAAAAAAAAUACUUUCGAGAAACAGCCUCGAGAUUUUACGUUCCUUUCAUAGUACAUCAUGAAUGAUAUUUUGCCCGGUUAAUCAACUCUUUAAAUAAAUUCUCCAUUUCUACAUUCAAGUCCUCAAUGUUACAUUAUUCUGUCUUUUAGCAGUUCUAGCCUCUUUUAAAUCCCUACAGUGGAUUCCUUCUUCGCGAAUGGCAUUUCUCGUUUACGUUUAAUAUCCUCUGGAGCAUGUUUUUCUUCUUAAUAAAAGUCUUGCAAUUUAUUUCA